CGGGUGGCCCGAGGUGGCCCGGCUGCUGGGUCUGAAGCGGCGCAAUCCGACGCAUCCCGACCCCGGGAUGGCGUCCCCACGGGAACUGACCCAGAACCCCCUGAAGAAGAUCUGGAUGCCGUACAGCAAUGGGAGGCCGGCUCUGCACGCCUGCCAGCGCGGUGUGUGCAUGACCAACUGCCCGACGCUCAUUGUCAUGGUGGGUCUGCCUGCCAGGGGCAAGACCUACAUCUCUAAGAAGCUGACUCGAUACUUGAACUGGAUCGGUGUGCCCACUCGGGAAUUCAAUGUUGGCCAGUAUCGCCGGGACAUGGUCAGGACGUACAAAUCGUUUGAGUUUUUCCUCCCAGACAAUGAAGAGGGGCUGAGAAUCAGGAAACAGUGUGCCCUGGCAGCCCUCCGUGACGUCCGGCGGUUCCUCAGCGAGGAGGGCGGGCACGUGGCGGUUUUUGACGCAACAAAUACCACCCGAGAAAGGAGAGCGACUAUCUUCAAUUUUGGGGAGCAGAAUGGCUACAAGACCUUUUUUGUCGAGUCCAUCUGUGUGGAUCCUGAGGUCAUAGCUGCCAACAUCGUGCAAGUCAAACUGGGCAGCCCCGAUUACGUCAACCGCGACAGUGACGAGGCCACCGAGGACUUCAUGAGGCGCAUCGAGUGCUACGAGAACUCGUACGAGUCGCUGGACGAGGACCUGGACAGGGACCUGUCCUACAUCAAGAUCAUGGACGUGGGACAGAGCUACGUGGUGAACCGCGUGGCUGACCACAUCCAGAGCCGAAUCGUGUAUUACCUCAUGAACAUCCACGUGACCCCGCGCUCCAUCUACCUCUGCCGGCAUGGGGAAAGCGAGCUCAACCUCAAGGGCCGGAUUGGCGGGGACCCGGGGCUGUCCCCCCGCGGCAGGGAGUUUGCUAAGAGCCUGGCCCAGUUCAUCAGUGAUCAGAACAUCAAGGACCUGAAGGUGUGGACGAGCCAGAUGAAGAGGACGAUCCAAACAGCUGAGGCACUGGGUGUGCCCUAUGAGCAGUGGAAGGUCCUCAACGAGAUUGAUGCGGGCGUCUGUGAGGAGAUGACCUACGAGGAAAUUCAAGAUCAUUAUCCACUGGAGUUUGCCCUGCGGGACCAGGACAAGUACCGGUACCGGUACCCCAAGGGGGAGUCCUAUGAGGACCUGGUGCAGCGACUGGAGCCUGUCAUCAUGGAGCUGGAGCGGCAGGAGAACGUGUUGGUCAUCUGCCACCAGGCCGUGAUGCGCUGCCUCCUGGCCUACUUCCUGGACAAGGCGGCAGAACAGCUGCCCUACCUCAAAUGCCCGCUGCACACAGUCCUGAAGCUGACCCCCGUGGCUUACGGCUGUAAAGUGGAGUCCAUAUUCCUGAAUGUGGCGGCUGUGAACACACACCGGGACAGGCCUCAGAAUGUGGACAUCUCGAGGCCUCCGGAGGAAGCCCUCGUCACAGUUCCUGCUCACCAGUGACGGUCUUGUCUGCUGUGACCCCUGGGCAGGCGUGGAUCUCUGCACACGAGUCGUUUAUGAUGCCCUCAGUCUGUGUGAUGCUCACCAUGCAGGAACAUUGUCAAGGCCAGGCAUGGCUGGUGGCCCCCAGAGCCCCCACCAGCCUGCCUCCUUGUUGACAGCGACACAGGAGGCCGGGCGCAGACCUGCCACUCUGCGUGUGUGCAGGCUGGGCUGGCGGGCCUGCACCGGCCCUUCAGUCAUAGCCCCUAGCUGUCGUUGUUCACCAUGUGGCUUUGUGACUUGUGAAACCCUCAAAUGUGAAACAGAAAGUGCUCGCUGGGAUGUCGCUGCUGUGGCCUGGUGGCCUGGAGUGGCGCUGGUGGCCUGUGCUGGGUCUCUGCUGUCCUCUGUAUGGCCACUUCCUGUGCCGGAGGUCAUCAUGGGACCCCGAGCUGCUGCUGCUGCAGGUGGGAGAGAGGGAUGGCUCCCUGGGAGCUGCAGGGUGGCAGCCAAGGCAGAGCCUCUGGGGCAGCAUGGCCAGGCCCCUGUGUCCAUGUUGCUCACAUGUGUGGGCGCUCAUGGAAGCAGUGUGCUGGCUCCUGCGUGCUGUGAUGACAAAAACCUGCGGGAGGAGGCCACAGCUCACCCCUUUCCCUGCGCAUGUACUGGUGGCCCUGGCCGCCCCUUCCCGCCGCUCACGGAGAGACAGGGCAGUUGUAUGCGUUCCCUUCAUGGUAUCCACACCCAAGUGCUCAAGGGAGAGGCCGCCCCAUCUCCCCUUCCCGGCUGUGCACGUGGGCUUCCGGGGAGGAGGUGGCCUCCCACCUGCGGCCACCUGUGUGCACGCAGGAAUGUGUGCAGCUGGGUCAGGGGAGCUUGCUGUGGUCUGUAAGAUCUGCCCUGGGCUUUGUCCACCUCUCCCUAAGGGUUGAGGCAGCGGAGAGGGUGGGAACGGAGGCAGCCCGCAUGGAGGGAGCGUUUUCCCAGCCCCGUCACAGUUGUUCACUUGGGUGCCGUGCGCCUGGUGACAAUGGCCUUGGCAAGUCUGGCCUCUGAGUGCCUCUGGGUCCAGGCCCCGGGGCCUAUGCCCAUUUGAUAGCUGGCAACCAGACCGGCUGGCCAUUAAGGGCCUGGGCCAGAAAGUAUGUGGAUUUGAAACUAGGGGCUCUGCUCUCCCCACUGGUGGGCUGUGGUGAGGCCAGGCCCCUGGAUCCCAGGCUGGCUUUGUACACAGAGCCUGGCCCCGAGCUCUCUGCAGGUGGCACCUCCCCGAGAAGCCAGUGUCCUUGGCCCCGCCUGGCAGUCGCACCAGUGGAGGUGACAGCAGCUGUGAGGCUGCAGGUGGAGCAAAUCUGCUGCAUGGCCGGGCGGGAGCUCCCGUGGGACUCAUCUCCUGUCGGAGCCCCCUGCCCUCAGGCCAGGCCAAGGACCCACUGCUGCCUCUGGGACAUGAAAGCGGCACCUCAGCUCUGUGUCCCUCAAAGUUCUGGGACUUUGAUCACCUGGACACACUCCAUAACGGGUCCCUUCGGUCAGCAGCAGGGGGUGCCCAUGUGGGUGUCCCCUGAGGCGAGCCCACCGAGGCCCCGUGUGUGCAGAGGGAAGGCAGGCGCUGCUGGACUCCUGCGUUACCAGGGCUGGGACAGGGCAGAGGGAGGUCUGGGGUCAGGACAAGGGUGCAGCCCCCCCCCCAGCUUUGGCCCUGUGUGGCCUCUGUGUGGGCAGCGCCAGGCCUGGUGGGCUGCUGGGGUUUGGCUGUGACGAUUGAGGCACCUGAAUGACAGGCGUUCUGCUUCCCCAGAACGCACGGGUCUCAGCCGCACACCACACUGUGUCCAGCAUUCUUUGCAAU